AUGAAAUCAGUCUAUUCAAUCUAUGUGACAGUUGCAAUUCUGUCCGUAACCUACAGCAAAAGAACAGUGCAGGCUGCUGCCGCACAGUAUUACGAUACUUCACCCACAACAUUCAAUGUCAUUCAUACACCUAAUUAUCAUCCCGAGACGCAAGCUCAUGGAAACAGGAUGGCUGUGAAAUUAGAGGGCAAUGAGAUGUUAUAUCCAUUGACCAACCUCAACUCCACCGAUAGCCUUGUCUAUACGGGCACUGCUGAUAUCCCAUUACUACUCAGCAAGUACAAAUAUGUUGUUAUAGAUCAGAAAGACAAGGAGGUGGAGAGCGAGCCAUUUUAUCGUCAUUUAGACCAGCAUACAAAUGGCGCAUACAACACUCCAUAUGAAUUCUACGGCCGUCAGCUUUAUCAGCCAAACAACAAUGAUCUACAACCACAACAGCUAUUACCGCAAGUCAAUUGGAGAUACAAAAGCGCAACGAAAGAUUAUCAGUACAAAGGAGGCCUAGAUCGAAGCCAAGUUCAUCCCGUAAAUGAAAUUCCAACAUGGCACAUUCAAACAAAUCCAGCAGAUUUCGGAACUCUAAGAGAGAAAAUUUUGGAAGACGUUGGGAUUACUGCAAAUAUCACUCGUAUUACAUCCAGAAAUAUGGAACAAUUCAAGAAUGUCAAGAUUGAAUUGAGCGGACAGACGUCUAGAUUAUUUAAAAAGCUAUCAUAUAAUGUUCAUAUCGAUAAAGAAGGCUCAAUCGAUGGCUAUCGACGUUUCAAGCUGCGUUCAUGUGCCACUGAUCCAAGCUAUAUGCGAGAAAAGCUAUUUUAUGAUAUUCUGGAUGCGUCGAAAGUACCAGCCGCAAAGGCAUCUUUUAUCAGAUUGUUUAUUAAUCAAGAGCCUCAGGGGCUUUAUUUAGUCGUUGAUAAUUACAAGAACCCAUUCCUGAAGAAUGUGCUAGGCAAUGGAAAGCCAGACUACAAAAAUGGUGCAUUAUAUCAAGGCAGUAUGCAGGAAAAUCCAUUGGCUAUUGGCAAGCUACAAUCAGGUGCAAAUAUGGGCUAUUUAGGACCCUCCAGCAAUGAUUAUGUCGAGAGUAGUGUCAAUUCGAGCUCUUACAAGGUGCAGGAGGUGGCUCAUGACGACAAGUCAAACGAUUACUUGGCGAGACUAGUGUCGUUCAUCCGCUUUAUACAAGAAGCAAGUACAUAUAAGCACGCCAAGGAGAAGGAUGAGGAGAAAUUGGCUCAUGAAUGGAAUAAACGAUUCGAUGUCUCCGUGUUUUUGAAGCACCUUGUAUAUGAAGUCUUGCUGGGCCAUGGAGAUGGAUACAUGGGUGCAGCACACAACUAUAUGCUCUAUCAAGAUCUAGAACAGCACGGCAGAUUUGUCUGGUUCGCUUCAGAUCUGGAUCAAACAAUGGGCAACACACUCAAAGGGAAUAGAUCCAGUACUGCUAAAUCUGCAUUUCAGCGUUUAGAUCGCUAUGGCUUAUUUGAUCAAACAGCCAACCGGCCCCUCGUGAAUGAACUCUUUCAGAUCAAGCAAUUUGUCAUACAGUUCUUUCAAAUCUUUGCAGAUGUUCAUCGAUCACUGUUCAAGUCUAAUGCAAUUACAAAGCACAUCAUUUAUCUGCAAAAACUCAUAGAGCAAGAUGUUGCAUGGGAUCAAAAUCUAGAUACUUAUCGUCCUGACAACUUUUUAAACAACAAGCAGUUAUACGACGAUCAACUGAACCAAAAGGUGUUACAAUUGCCAUUGGGCCCGGACUUUAUCGAUCGAAUCAACACCAAGGCCAUUGAUUUCCGUGCAGCUAUUGAGGGGCCCAUCCAAGGACAUCCUUCUAUUACUCCACUGUUCACCUGGUUUACAGAAACAAGUCAAUACCUCGAUGAAUUUGUUCGCCUUUUAGAGCUAAAAUAA